UUUUCAAGUAGAAAAAAAUGACAUUAUCUACAGAAAAAUGUAGAAAAUGUCCUAAAGGAUAUACAUCAAAAUGAUUCACUUUCAUUUUCUCUGCAAGGCUAAAGAAAUGUCAACAACUGGGAGCUUUGAGGGAUUCCAGCCUGUGUCUCUGAAGCGAGAGGAAGAUGACCAACCUUCUGAGACAGAUCAGCUGUCCGUGGAGGAGAGGGAACCAGACACAGAGGUCCCAGCGCCAAAGCAGAUUUCAAGGCUGCCAAGUGUGAUUGAAUCCGCUCUCUACCCGAAUCCCUAUCACAAGCCUUAUCUCUCACGGAAGUACUUUGUCACUCGGCCAGGGGUCAUUGAGACUGCCAUGGAAGACUUGAAAGGCCAUAUUACCAAGACUUCCGGAGAGACAAUUCAAGGCUUCUGGCUCUUGACAGAGAUAGACCACUGGAACAAUGAGAAGGAGAGGAUUUUGCUGAUCACAGACAAGACUCUCUUAAUUUGCAAAUAUGACUUCAUCAUGCUUUGCUGUGUGCAGUUGAAAUGGAUUCCCCUGAGUGCUGUCUAUCGCAUUUGCCUGGGCAAGUUUUCCUUCCCUGCGAUGUCACUGGACAAGAGACAAGGAGAAGGCCUUAGGAUCUACUGGGGGAGUCCUGAGCAGCAGUCAUUUUUAGUCCGCUGGAAUCCAUGGUCCACUGAGGUGCCUUAUGCUACCUUCACUGAGCACCCUAUGAAAUACACAAGUGAGAAGUUUCUUGAAAUUUGCAAGUUGUCUGGGUUCACGUCGAAGCUUGUUCCAGCUAUCCAGAACACCCACAAGAAUUCCACUGGAUCUGGAAGAGGAGAGGGAUUGACAUUCACAGAACAUGAAGCAAAAGCCUAGAAAUUGGAAAUAAAUUGCUCAAAAACAGAUGGUGACUUUAUGGCAAUAUGGAAUUAAACUCUAAAGCUUUCAGUCUCCGAUUCCAGCCCCACUGUCCUUCUGCAUAUCUCCAUUCCCAGAAAAAGGUAUGUCAUCUAAAUCAGUGUCUCAUACCUUCUGAGUUAAUUCUGACAUGAGAAAACAAUAGGUCACCGUUGUUUAGGGGGAAUUUCCAGAUAUUAGUUGUAUUUUCUUAAAAGGCUAAGGUCACUCCUGGAGCUCUCUGAUGUCCUAUCUGAUUAAAAAGCCCAAACAAAGCUGCGGAAGCCAGCAGAUAUUUUGUAAGGCAGCUUUACCUCUGCCUGGCAUUUUGUGGGGCAAGAGAGGGGAGGGCAAACGUAUUAAAUUCAGGCUUAAAAGCUCCCCCAGAAAUUCUUUACACACAAGAGACCAAGGUGGAGAAGAGAAGAUGACUUGUGCCAAAGGGGAAGAAAGAGAGAGACUCAUGCCUGUGGUUUUCAAAGGUUAACAACGACAAAAGAGCCCAAGUAUUUGCACAGGGAUGAAUGCUCAUUGGCUCUCGGCCAACAAUUAUACAAGGCCUUGUGCCCACAUCCUGUAGCUGUGGUUUAGGGACGCUGCUCAUGAGUGACUUCUUAUGCUUAGUGGCAGGAAACUUUAGUCACUGAUGUGUAAACUCACCUUUGGUCUGCACCUCCCACAACGUGCUCUGAAGGCAGUCGGGGGGCCAGGCCUCCUGAUUCUCUGCAGACAUUGCAUCCGCAGACGCUAACAAAAAACUCAGUUUAAGGCCUCGGGAGUGACUGAGAUUUGAUCAAUUCUUACCUUACUCCACUCCAGUGUAGCCACUUCUUCAGAUAAUUCUAUAGUCACAGGGAUGAAUUAUGAUAUCUUCUCCAAAAUCCUCCCUUUAGCCUCAAAAGUCAAGACCAAAAAAAAAAAAAAAGUUAGCUCUAUUUCAUUUCAGGCCUGCCAUGUGAAAUAUGAGAGGCGAAGUCAUCAGGUUGCUUCUGAGCCUAGAUCUUGUAUCUGAAGAGCUAUCUUACACUCAGUUUUUAAAAGGUUUUAGGAAACAUCUCACAAAUCUCCUUUUCAGUGAAAGCUAAAUGGAAUUUGAAAGAAAUUGCUCAGAAAGCUGAUGGUGAGUUUGGAGAAAUCCUGGGAUUAAACUCUAAAACUUCCAGUUUCCUGCUCCUAGCCACUGCUCUUUCCACAUAUCCCCAUACCCAGGGAAAGGCAUAUCAUCUAAAUCAGUGUAUCACAGUUGUCCUUUAAGCAGAUGUAUCCUAAUUUGAGGUGAGAAAACAAAAUGUCCAAUUAAUUAGCUCUCAUGUUUCAAGUAGAUAUGAGAAAUCAUGAUGCUACAUUAUGGAUAGAGAAUAUGUUGAGAUCAAUUUAUCUGAAUCACCACCUUGUCUCAUACCCUGUCCACAAUGACUACCACAUCUCAGAAACUGCUUUUCCUUCCUUUUAGAUUCCCUGCUCACUCUUUAUGGAAUUAUUGAAACUGAGAUUAGAAGGGACCUAAAGGUCAUCUAGUUUCCUACCUAUUGCAGGAAUGUACUCAACUGAAACACACAGCAGAAGCAGACUCAGCUUAUGCAAAGGCGUUGCCAGACAGAAAGUCCAUUGCUUCCCACAGCAGCACAUUCUACUGCCAAGUGACUGUAUUGAGUUGAAGAUGUUUCUAUGUAUUAUAUACAAAUCUUCCCCUCUGGAAAUUUACCUAUUUGGUCCUUGAUCUUCCUUUGAAGUUAUCCCAAGUAAAUCAGUUUCCUAUUUCAUAUGGCAACACUUCAAAUAAAGGCAGCUAACUGGUGCUGUCCCAACAAAGUAGUUUUACUUUUGCUUUUUGACACAAAACCCUCUAGUUACCACAACUGUUCUUCAUGUGUUGGAUUAUCCAAAGCCCUUAUUGAAUUCCUCUCUUGUUUGUAAACAAUUAUGUUUGGUUAACAUUUGUUUUGAGAUAUUGUAUUUUGGGACUUUCCUGGUGGUCCAGUGGUUAAGAAUCUGCCUGACAAUGGAGGGGUCUUGGGUUCAAUCCCUGGUUGGGAAACUAAGAUCCCACAAACCACAGGGUAACUAAGACUGCAUGCCAUAACAACUGAGCCUGCGUGGAAUCAAAAGAUUCCACAUGAUGCAACAAAGACCCUGUCUGUCCCAAGAGUAGCAUUGAAA